UUUUUUAUAUUGUCUGAAUUUUGUUUUUAGCCUUAAAAAGUUAGAAAUGUCUUUUCCUGCAAAAUCAACAAUUAUAUUGGCUUUUGGAAUGUUUGUUAUUAUUAGUAUUAUGUUAUAUCUAAAAGUUGAUUCUAAUGAGAGGAGACGGCAGGCUACUUAUGGGGAGUCUAAUAUUGUGAAUGAUAAUUCAAUACAAAAAUUGGAAGAACGUUUGGAAUCUUUAAAUAAAAACGCUCAAAAUAAUAAAAAAUUAUUAAAUAAAAUUGAAUCAAAAAUUGAAAAUUCGAAUAAUAAAGAAGAGAAAAAUGAAGAUUUUUAUCUAAAUAAUGAUGGAGGGGGAAAGGAUUUAGAGGAAAAUAGUAAAAAGGUUAAUAGACAUAUUUCUUCUACAACUUCCUUUCAAUUUUGUUCUUCUAAAAAUUUUUCUUUAUCACACAAUGCUGUUAGCGAUGUUCAGGUUUUUUUAAAUGUUUAUUGCCAAGGGCGUAGCAAAGGGAUGUUAUCAGUUUAUGAUAUUUUGCCUUUUGACAACCCAAAUGGAGGUGUUUGGAAGCAAGGAUGGCCGAUUACUUAUGAUCAUCAAAAAAUAAAGGAGGAAAAACGGCUUGAAGUUAUUGUUAUUCCACACUCUCAUUGUGAUCCAGGUUGGAUAAAAACAUUUGAAAAAUAUUAUGAGGAUCAAGUCCAAAAUAUUCUCAAUUUUAUGGUCACUCAUUUAACUCAAAAUAAAGAUUUAAAAUUUAUUUUUGCCGAAAUAAGUUUUUUUGAACUUUGGUGGUCUAAACAAACAAACAAAAUUCGAGAAAAAGUUAAACAACUUUUAAUUAAUGGACAAUUUGAAAUUGUGACUGGUGGGUGGGUAAUGACUGAUGAAGCUAAUGCUCAUUAUUAUUCGAUUAUUAUGGAAUUAUUUGAAGGACAUGAAUUUUUGAAAAAUCAAUUGGAUUACAUACCUCGCAAUCAUUGGUCAAUCGAUCCUUUUGGUUUAAGCCCAACAUUGGCAUAUUUAUUAAAUCGUUCUAAUUUUACCCAUAUGGCUAUUCAAAGAGUACAUUAUUCUGUUAAAAAAUAUUUGGCUCAAAAAAGGCAAUUAGAAUUUAUUUGGAGACAAUUAUUUGCUGGAAAGUCAACAUCUACAGAUAUUAUUACACAUAUGUUUCCUUUUUAUUCAUAUGAUGCUCCUCAUUCUUGUGGGCCUGAUCCGAAGAUUUGUUGUCAAUUUGAUUUUCGAAGACUCCGAGGUCUUUUAACUUGUCCCUGGGGCGUCGAUGCAUCUCCAAUUACGCCCUCAAAUGUCGAAGAACGUGCUCAAUUACUUGCUGAUCAAUACAGGAAAAAAGCACAAUUAUAUGGGUUUAAUACAAUUUUGGUUCCACUUGGAGACGAUUUUAGAUAUGAUAUUGAAAGAGAAUGGACAGAGCAAUAUACAAAUUACAAAAAACUUUUUGAUUAUAUAAAUUCAAAAAGUGAAUGGAAUAUAAAUGCUCGUUUUGGGACACUUUCUGAUUAUUUUGAAGUUUUAGAGCGUCGAUUAAGUGAAAAAGAAGAAGAAAAUUUGAUUGAAAAAGAGCAGGGGAAAUAUCGACAUAAUGUUGGCAAAAAGGGAAAAAGACAAGGGCCUUCUCCUUUACCUAUUUUAUCUGGAGAUUUCUUUACUUAUUCUGAUAGAGAUGAUCAUUAUUGGAGUGGUUAUUUUACUUCUAGACCCUUUUAUAAACAUUUGGAUAGAAGUUUACAACAUUAUUUGAGAGCAGCAGAUAUAUUCUUUUCUUUGGUUAAUUGGAAGGGAAAAAUGCCAACAAAUAUUUCUACACUCUACAACAGUUUAGUCAAUGCAAGACGUGCCCUUAGCCUUUUUCAACACCAUGAUGGUGUAACAGGCACGGCUAAGUCAUUAGUAAUGGAUGAUUAUGGAGAGAAAAUGUCACAAGCCCUUUCUGAUACAAAAAAUAUAAUUGCAAGGUCAUCAGAAUUUCUUCUAGGAAUUACUCCAAAAGACAUCAAUCAACAACAAAAAUUCAAAAUUGAUUUAGAACAUUUUAAAAAUAAAUUGGCAGAGAAAAUAAUUAUUAAAGAAGAAUCAACAUUAAUAAUUACAAAUUCACUUGGACAUUUUAGAAAAGAAAUUGUUUGUAUUUAUGUAAACAAUAUUAAAUUAAAAAUUGUUGGAAAUGAUGGAAAAAUAAUUUUACAACAAAUUGAGCCAAUUUUCUACAUGGAUAAUUUAAAUGAAUUAUCAAUUUAUAAAGACAAAUAUUCUCUUUGUUUCGAAGUUGAAUUACCCCCUUUUGGAUUAAUUACUUUAAAUGUUUUGGAAGGUGAAGAUGUUGAAAAUAAAGUUAAAUUACAAACUUUUAAAACAAAUAUUGAAUCGAUAUUAUUUGAAUCAACCUCAAUUAAAGAAAAUAAUCAACGACAACAACAAUUAUAUUUGUCAAAUAAUUACAUAAAAGCAUUUUUCGAUCCAAUAACUGGUUACCUUAAGUCAAUUAAAGACAAUAAUGGGGAAGAAUUGGAUAUUUUUCUUUCUUUUGUUCGUUAUGGGGCUAGAGGGAAAAAUCUUGCAAGAACGGAUGGAGGUGAUUCUCUGUCUGGAGCUUACCUUUUCCUUCCUGACGGUCCAGCUGUUGAAUUGGAAUCAAAUAAAAAUCAAUUUGUAAUUGUGAAAGGAAUUGUUAGAGAAUAUAUUUUUGUAAAUGGUCCACCUGAUUUUGGAAUUAAUCACCAAUUAAUUUUGGAUAAAAAUUCAAAAACCUUUACUUUAUUAAAUCAUGUCAAUAUGGAAUCUUCUUGGUUAUCUAAAUCCUAUAAAAGUUCAAAAAAUUUUGAAUUGGCUAUGAAACUUAAAAUUCCUUCAAUUAAACAAGACAAUUUUUAUACAGAUUUGAAUGGUUUUCAGAUGAUAAGACGUCGAAAACAGAAUAAUUUGCCUCUCCAAGCCCAUUUUUAUCCAAUGCCUGGAUCUGCUUUUAUUGAAAAUUCGAAUGAUAUUCGUGUUUCUCUUUAUGGAAGACAAGCUUUGGGUGUUGCUAGUUUGGAAUUGGGUGAAAUUCAAGUAAUGUUAGACCGUAGAUUAUUACAAGAUGAUGAUUUGGGACUUGGACAGGCAGUUGACGACAAUAUUAGGGCAGAAAGCCAGUUUCUCUUGAAUAUUGAAAGAUUUACUGCUACGAGGUCUGUCUCAAACGACACUGUUGGAUUUCACUCUUUAUUAGGAGAGUAUGCUUCCCUCAAACUUCUCUAUCCACCAAUUAUUCUUUUUAGCCAAAAAAGUAUUUUGAAUAAUUUUUUUUCUAAAAUUAAAAAUUAUUUUAAAGCUUCAUUACCUACAAAUUCAUUUUCUGGCCUUAAAAAUCCAUUCCCUUGUGACAUUCACCCCGUCGCUUUUCGAACACUUAGCGAGUCGACAAUUUAUGGAUUGGGAAACACAAUUAGAGAUACUUCCCCAAAAUAUGAGGCUGCUUUGGUGUUGAGAAGAUUUGGAAUUGAAUGUACUUUGGAUUCUUCUCUUGAUGAUAAAAAUUGUGGAGUAAAUACUUUGAAGGGAGGAGAGUUCAAUUUAUCGGAUAUUUUCAUCCAAACGCCAAAAUCAUUUAAUAAAGGAACCCUAACUUUGUUAGAAGAUACAAAAAAUGAUACCUCAAAUAACAAAGGAAAAUUAAAUAUGGAACCAAUGGAGGUGCUAACAGUGAAAGUAUUAUUUUAAUUAAUUUAUUUUCUAUAAAUUCUUCUCUGGUCAAUAUUUUCUUUUAAAUUAUCUAAUUCUUUUAUUUAUUCUAAAAUAUAAAAAUUUUCCAAAAAUUUUCUCGAAACUUCCUUAGGAGGAAUUACGAUAUUAACAAGGCCUGAGCAAAUUUUAAAAACGAAAAAGGGAAGAAACGGUAAAAAGAGAACCAACGGGGAAUGAGAACUUGCACACCUUGUUAAUAUCAU